AUGAGGAAUUUUAAGGUGACAAUAUUGGGCAAAUACCUUCCAGUGCGACUCAGAAAAGAAUCCAGUAGAGGUGGAAGCCUUCAUGUAGGAAUCACCACCAUAAUUCUCUGCUUAUUCAUCGCGUCGAUUGUUCUGUUUCUUGGGGCUUUCUUACGUACACAUGUAACAGAGUUCUUGUCUUCCUCUUCUUCAAUGGAAGAAGUACUUCCUGCUAUUUUCUUCUCUCCUCCUACUCCCAAUUGUGCUUCCAGCACCAUGAAUACUUCUUUGGCUUCUCCAUCGGCUGAUCAAGUAUGGCAUUCAAUGAACGACGAGGAGCUACUGUGGCGUGCAUCGAUGGAGCCACGUAUCUCGCAGUAUCCUUAUACUCGCACCCCAAAACUGGCAUUCAUGUUCUUAAGCAGGGGAAGCUUGCCACUUGCACCUCUCUGGGAGAUGUUCUUCAAAGGGCAUGAAGGCUUUUACUCCAUUUAUCUUCAUGUUUCUUCGAUAACAGAUUUCACGCCUCCCUACUCAUCAUCAGUCUUUUACAAUGGCAUGAUCCCAAGCAAGCCAGUGCAAUGGGGAACAGCAACAAUGGUGGAUGCAGAAAGGCGAUUACUUGCCAAUGCGCUUCUGGACUGGUCGAACGAAAGAUUCAUUCUUCUCUCGGAUACCUGCAUUCCUAUAUUCAAUUUCACCACAAUCUACAACUACCUUAUUAUCAGCUCAUGGAACCAGAGCUUCCUGGGCUCCAUCGAUGACCCUCGCCCUAUGGGCAGGGGACGAUACAACAAAAGAAUGCAGCCAGAGCUGACCCUGGCCGACUGGCGCAAAGGUUCUCAGUGGUUUGAAGUCCAUCGUAGGGUCGCAGUUCAGAUGGUCUCUGACAUAAAGUACUACUCUAUUCUCAAACAACAUUGUAAGCCUCCACGGUGUUACAUGGACGAGCAUUACUUCCCGACACUUGUGACAAAGAUCUUACCAGAGAUUAACACGAACCACAGCAUCACGUGGGUUGAUUGGUCCCGACCAGGCUCUCAUCCCUCCAUGUUUGUUAGGAAGCAUGUGAGUGAAGGGUUCUUAAUGAAGGUUAGGAACAUGACCGACUGUGGGUUUACUCAUCGGACUAGGAGCACCAUUUGUUUUCUCUUUGCUAGGAAGUUUCACCCAAGUACCUUGGAGCCUUUGUUGAGGAUAGCUCCAUCUUUGCUUGGUUUCACCGAUAAA